AUGAGGUUUCGAACCCUUGACCUCCAACUCAAAUACUCAACCUCUUCCGCUACACCAACAUGGUUCAUUAGGAAGAGGGUCAUGGGGGAUGAGAUGGCAGAUAAGAUGAAGUAUGUAGAUGAGGUUGUAUUGAAGAGAAGGAAAAGCAAUGAAGAGCUGGCUUUAAGGAGGAAAGAGCAGUUGGAGCAGAGGAAGUUUAGGUCUCAGAAAAAUAAGCAAGAAUUUAUUAAGAAACCUGAAGAUUUCGUCAAAGAGUUUCGCUACAGGGAGAUGGACCUCGUCCAUAUGAAACACAGGUUAAAGAGAAAAAGGCCAGAAUUGGAGACAACUAACUCACAGCUUCUUUUGGUCAUUCGCAUACAGGGGAAAAAUGACAUGCAUCCUACUGUUAGGAAGACCUUAUACAGCCUAAGAUUGAGGAAGAUUUUCAAUGCUGUCUUUGUGAAAGCAAGUGAUGCAAUAAUAGAGAAGUUGCUGAGGGUGCAGCCGUAUGUUUCCUAUGGGUAUCCUAACCUUAAGAAUGUGAGGGAGCUGAUUUACAAGAAGGGUUUUGCAAAGAUAGACAAGAAGAAAGUGCCUCUGACAGACAACAACCUUAUUGAACAGGAAAUGGGGAAGCAUGAUAUUAUAUGCAUAGAAGAUAUAGUGCAUGAGAUUGCUACCAUUGGCCCACAUUUUAAGGAGGUUACCAGUUUUCUAUGGCCCUUUGUGCUUAACAAGCCAGAAGUAGGACUGAAAGGGUCAAAAAUGGCAUACAAGGAUGGUGGAGACGCAGGCGAUCGCGAGGACAAGAUCAAUGAACUAAUUAGCAAGAUGAAUUAG